AUGUUCAUUAAAAAUGACAACGCAGGUGACAGAAAGUGUCUAGAAGACUGGAGAAUUAAAGGUUAUGAUCCACUGACCCCUCCUGAUUUGCUUCAACAUGAAUAUCCAAUUUCAGAGAAGGGUAAAAAUAUAAUCGUCAAUGGUAGAGAGUCUGCUUGUGAUAUCAUUAACGGUAAAGAUGACCGUCUAAUUAUCGUGAUAGGUCCAUGUUCUAUUCAUGAUCCAAAAGCUGCUUUAGAAUAUUGUGACAGAUUGGCCAAACUUUCUGAUAAAUUAUCUGGUGACCUUUUAAUUAUUAUGAGAGCUUACCUAGAAAAACCUAGAACUACAGUCGGUUGGAAAGGUUUAAUCAAUGAUCCAGAUAUCGAUAACUCUUUUCAAAUCAAUAAAGGUUUGAGAAUCUCAAGAGAAAUGUUUACAAAGUUAGUAGAAAAAUUGCCAAUUGCAAGUGAAAUGCUGGAUACAAUUUCGCCACAAUUUCUAAGCGACUGUUUCUCUUUAGGUGCCAUUGGUGCUAGAACUACUGAAUCUCAAUUGCAUAGAGAAUUAGCUUCAGGAUUAUCUUUCCCAAUUGGUUUCAAAAAUGGUACUGAUGGUGGUUUACAAGUUGCUAUUGACGCUAUGUGUGCUGCGGCUCAUGAACAUUACUUUUUAUCCGUUACAAAGCCAGGUGUCACUGCCAUUGUAGGUACCGAAGGUAAUGAGGAUACUUUUGUCAUUUUAAGAGGUGGUAAACACGGUACUAACUUUGACCCAGAAAACGUAAAUAUUGCCAAAGGACAACUAGAGAAAGCUAAGUUAGUAGGCGAAAAUAAUGAAAAGAGAAGAAUCAUGAUUGAUUGUUCCCAUGGUAAUUCAAAUAAAGAUUACAAAAAUCAACCAAAGGUUGCACAAAGUAUCUAUGAUCAAUUAACUGCUGGUGAAAAUUCCUUAUGUGGUGUUAUGAUUGAAUCCAAUCUAGUAGGUGGCAGACAAGAUGUUCCAAAAGAAGGUGGUAGAGAUAAGUUGAUCUAUGGUUGUUCAAUUACUGAUGCUUGUAUCAGUUGGGAAACUACUGAAGAUGUCCUAGAAUUAUUAGCUAAGGGUGUCAGAAACAGAAGGGAAGCUCUAAAAAAAUAA